CCAUGGGAGAAAUUGGGAAAAGCAAAAUCCCUAAAUCGUAAUGAGGAAGAAGAUAAUGAAGGAAGCGAUUCUCGCUGCUAAGGCAAGAAAAUUUGUUUUAUUAAUUGACAGAGAUUGUGUCUUCGAUUUCAUUGGCUUGUGCUUUAUUUUCUUUGUAUUGUCUCGGAAUCUGCAGAAACACGCGGCCUCCCCGAAGAUAUACACUGAGCUAGAGGAUGCUUGUCUAGGAGUUGUUUCCUGUUCCAGCCUUGUCCUGGGUGCUAGAGAAGCCGGCCUUCUGGGAUUCGCAGAUGAAACACUCUCUACUGAGAACAAUGCAUCUCCAAACCUUUCCUUGAAAGGGUUUGAUGUUAUUGACGCCAUUAAGUCUGAGCGGGAGUAUGUUUCUACUGGAGGUCUUUCCUGUGCCGAGCUUCCUGUCUUUCUCGAGCUUCCUCUCUUCCCUGCUAGAGAAGCCGCCCUAGUGGCAGGUACUCGAGUAUAUCGUCUGGUGACUGUAAGAAAAUUCAGUGCAGUGGCCUUCAAGCUUCCUGCACCACAGGCUACUCUCUUUCUCCUUCUUGCAAGUGCUGCUUCCAGAGUAUUCAGCGAGAGAGAAACCGUCAUUUUAUCCGGUGCUCACAGCUUAGGCAUUAAGCACUGCACUUUUUUUGAGAACAGCCUCUACAACUUCUCAGGAACCGGGAAGCCUGACACUGAGCUAGAGGAUGCUUGUCUAGGAGUUGUUUCCUGUUCCAGCCUUGUCCUGGGUGCUAGAGAAGCCGGCCUUCUGGGAUUCGCAGAUGAAACACUCUCUACUGAGAACAAUGCAUCUCCAAACCUUUCCUUGAAAGGGUUUGAUGUUAUUGACGCCAUUAAGUCUGAGCGGGAGUAUGUUUCUCCUGGAGGUCUUUACUGUGCUGAGCUUCCUCGCUGCCCUGCUAGAGAAGCCGCCCUAGUGGCUGGUACUCGAGUAUAUCGUCUGGUGACUGUAAGAAAAUUCAGUGCAGUGGCCUUCAAGCUUCCUGCACCACAGGCUACUCUCUCUCUCCUUCUUGCAAGUGCUGCUUCCAGAGUAUUCAGCGAGAGAGAAACCGUCAUUUUAUCCGGUGCUCACAGCUUAGGCAUUAAGCACUGCACUUUUUUUGAGAACAGCCUCUACAACUUCUCAGGAACCGGGAAGCCUGACACUGAGCUAGAGGAUGCUUGUCUAGGAGUUGUUUCCUGUUCCAGCCUUGUCCUGGGUGCUAGAGAAGCCGGCCUUCUGGGAUUCGCAGAUGAAACACUCUCUACUGAGAACAAUGCAUCUCCAAACCUUUCCUUGAAAGGGUUUGAUGUUAUUGACGCCAUUAAGUCUGAGCGGGAGUAUGUUUCUCCUGGAGGUCUUUACUGUGCUGAGCUUCCUCGCUGCCCUGCUAGAGAAGCCGCCCUAGUGGCUGGUCCUCGAGUGACUGUAAGAAAAGACAGUGCGGUGACUGUAAGAAAAGACAAUGCAGUGGCCUUCAAGCUUCCUGCACCACUGUCUAGUCUCUCUCUCCUUCUUGCAACUGCCUCUUCCAAAGGAUCCUCCAAGCUAACAAUACUUGUCUUGAUUCUUUGGUUUACAACCAAAACGGUUGAUGGAAAGUUUGAGCAAUACCCUGAUGUUCCCUCAGAUCACCCGAAUUAUGUCUUUUUUAAUCAGUUCCUGAAGGAACUGAGAGCACAGAAUGCACAAAGUCCUAUAAAUAUCUAUACAGGUGCUGAAAAAACCAAUUAUUUGUCUAUAUUUUGGGCUGUGUUAGCUGCAUCGGGAAUGCUGGGAGUAGGAUAUGUUUGGAUCAAAUUUCAGAGAUGGUUAAGCUCUGAUCUUAGAGAUAUGAAUGCUUUUUCCAAACAUUUGGAUGAAAAGAUAAAUGAGGCGGCGCUCAAACUUGAUGAAAUGGGCAGAUAUGCCGAAGAGACAAGAAAUAUAGCUGCUGAUACAAAUAGUCAGAUCAGGGAUUUGCGUGAAGAAAUGAGAGCUGGUUUUGCACGUGUGGCUGAUAGAGGUGAUCAAGAGUUGAUUUUGGACAUUCUGUAUCAUGUCUGCUCACAGAUUGGUGUAGACGUCCAACCUUUGGCGGGUAGAGGCGGUGACAUCCGACCUGUGGCGCAUGGAGGCCGUAUCUUGACUAUUACCCAGGGAAUAAGAUCUGUCUUACCAGCGGCAACCCGAUCAAGAAUCUUCGGCCGUCAGCAUUAGCGACUUAUAUGUUACUUUAGUUAGCAAGUCCGUCCAGUUUGUUGUCGAAUGAAUUCUUGGACUUGUUUCUGGUCAUAUGAUUUGCUGAACGGUUGUUCAUAGUUGAGGAUUCUUCUAAGUUUGAGAUUGUCUGCAUUUUUUUUUGCAAAAUUGAGGUGAUUAGAGUAAAAUGUGUGGUGAAGG